CCCGCCCACACCGGAAGUAAAUGAAAACAAGAAGGUCGAGAAAAAAAAGUUGCUGACUCUGCUGCAUUUUUUCAACUCGCAUGACUUUCUCAUAAAGUUUGAGUCGCUCAUUAAGUGACAGCUUACUGUCUGUACUCACAUGUCUGAGAUAAUGAGCUUCCAUUCAUGGGACUAAUCAAGAAGCUGAGCCGCUAGUUUCGCUUUGAUCCGUCCUAAUUUAGUUAUAAACCAGCACCAGGUAAUCAUGGCCAGACGGCUUAAUGCGAGCAGAACGAUCGGUGUGGAUAAAAACGUCUGGGUGAUAAUUGUGGAGCCGUUCUUUGACUGUUAUCAGCCGAUGGUUCUGAUGGCAGGAGGGACCGCAGUCUAUGUUCCUCUGAGACCUAGAGAGGGAAGCUCCGUCCUGUCUAGUGGCGACUGGGUUCUGUCUGAGGAGGAGCUCGUCAGCAAAAUCACUCCUUCCACCAAAGCCAUUGUCAUCAACACCCCCAACAACCCUUUAGGAAAGGUUUACAAAGUGGAGGAACUGCAGAUGAUUGCUGAUCUGUGUAUUAAACAUGAUCUGCUGUGCUUCAGUGACGAGGUCUAUGAGUGGUUAACCUACGAUGGAGCCAAACAUGUAAAGAUAGCCAGCCUCCCUGGGAUGUGGGAACGAACCGUAACAGUGGGAAGUGGAGGGAAAACCUUCAGUGCUACUGGCUGGAAGGUCGGCUGGGCUAUGAGUUCUGGAAGUCUCAUCAAACACAUGAAAAUCAUCCAUCAGAACUCAGUCUAUCACUGUGCAACAGCAGCACAGGAAGCCGUGUCUCAGGGAUUCGACAGAGAGUACGAGCUGUUUGGGUCUCCGGAGAGCUACUUCCAGCAGCUGCCUGCCAUGCUGCACCAGAAGAGGCAGAAGCUGGCCUCGUGUCUGCAGAGCGUGGGCCUGCAACCCAUCAUGCCAGAGGGAGGAUACUUUAUGAUCACAGACAUCUCCUCUAUAAAGGUGGAUCUAAAUGAUGAGAGCACCAAGAAUGAAAGCUAUGAUUUUAGAUUUGUCAAAUGGUUGAUUAAAGAAAAGGGCUUAGCGACAAUCCCAGUUUCUGCUUUCUUCAGUCCAGAACACAGCAAGGAGUUUGACAAAUACAUCCGUUUCUGUUUUGUUAAGGAAAACUCCACACUGGAAGCAGCAGAGGAGAUCUUAAGAAAGUGGAGUCAAAAAGAAUAAUAAAAAA